UCCACCCAAAUGUUUGUGUUAGGUACUGGUAGGAUAAUAAUAUUAUUCUUAAAACCAUCAAUGCCGUCUCUGAACUACUACAAACACGUCUUGAGGAGGGAUUUCUUUGGUGCCGAAGAGAAUUGCGCAGGCGUUAUAGCGGUACAUGGUGACUCCUGGUCAGCGUUCAGAACUAAAGUGUCCCGAGUGGCGCUUAGCACAGUGGCAGCAGCACAGUACACAGAACCUGUGGCACAGGUGGCAGAUGCUUUUAUCGAUAGGAUACGAAAAAUUAGAAACAAAAAUUUGGAAACUCCAGACGACUUUUUGAAUGAAAUUCACAAAUGGUCUCUAGAGUCUCUAAGCUUAAUAGCUCUUGACACAAGACUAGGCUGCUUCGAAGCUCGUUCUGGCUCGGAGAGUCAGCAGUUAAUAGAUGCUGUCAACACGUUCUUUCUGUGCGUGGGAGAGCUGGAGCUAAGAGCCCCGUGGUGGAGGAUAUACCCCACUGCUAUGUUUAGGAGAUACAUCGCUGCUUUGGACACCAUCCUCAGUGUAACUCUGAGACACGUGGAGAGGGCGCUGGAGGAGCUGAAGACUGUCACCAACAAGUCCUUACUUCAGGACCUGGUCGCGGCCGCCGGGCCCAAGGUGGCUGCCGUGGCUGCUCUCGACAUGUUCCUUGUAGGAAUUGACACGACAUCCAAUGCGGUGGCUUCAACGUUAUACCAGCUGGCAUUAAGGCCGGAAGUCCAGGACAGAAUCCACGAGGAAGUCACCAAGGCUCUGCAGGGCAGGCCCAUGAAACCUGGAGACAUUAACCAGAUGCCUUACCUGAAGGCUUGUGUUAAAGAGGUUUUAAGAAUGUAUCCAGUUGUAAUUGGAAAUGGUCGGCAACUCACCAAAGAUACAGUUAUUUGUGGCUACAACAUACCAAAAGGCACCCAAGUGAUAUUCCAACACUACGUCAUGGGCAACAGCGACGAGAACUUCACCCGCGCGUCCGAUUUCAUGCCCGAGCGCUGGAUGCGGCGGACGCCUGGUCAGACGCACAGCGCCUUCGCGUCGCUGCCGUUCGGGUUUGGGAAGCGCAUGUGUCUCGGCAGGCGCUUCGCUGAGCUCGAGAUACAUACUAUUAUAUGCAAGAUGGUGCAAGCCUUCAAGAUGGAGUACCACCACGAGCCCCUGGAGUACCACAUCCACCCCAUGUACACACCCAACGGCCCGAUACGGUUGAAGCUGAUUGAACGAUAAAAUUAAUUACUCAUAACUUUAACAAUAUUAUGACCGCAGGUCAGAAUAGGUAGAGGGUUUGUGUUUUCAUAAUUAUUUAAAGCUCUUUGUAGCUUAGUCGCGGGUUUGAAUCCCGAUGGGGGAUGUUUUACUAUAAAAGCUCUACAUUAUUUAAUAUUUACUUAUCUAUCUAUUCCGAUGUAUGGUCGUAGGUACCUAUAAAUAUAAUGUACAUUACAGACAUGAAUGAUUUCGUAGUGCCAGAGUGGUGUUAAAUUACCGAGUUCAGUGACAUGGUUAAUAUUUUUUUUUCUUAAAAUGAGAUGUUGUUAAAUUUUAAUUACAAAAAAUUUAACGUGUGAAAAUCUUGUGUUUUUUUGGGAAAAUUCACUGAUUUCCGAUUAAGGAGUUAGUUUUUAUUUGACUAUUUGUUUUUGAAUC